GCCUAGGCUUCCUGUUGCCAACAUCUAAGAAGGCUCUUGACGCAGGUUUCACAUCUCUCCGCAGCUUAGUAAAGACAUUUUUGAUUGUAUUAUAUUUUAAACCACGUGAAGUAAUUUUUCCUCAACUAGUGAGGAAAUAACCACAGUCGCACAUUAGAGUUGAGGAGAAAGACCAUGGGGAGACAUGGGUAUCUGAUCAAAAUAAUAAUAAUUGGAUUUAUCAUCAAAGGUUUGGACACAGAAGACUCUAAAAAAGCCAACAUCAAGGUGAAAAAGGAAGGCCAUGACGUAGUCCUGGAGUGCCCGUUUUCCGAAAAUCUGAUAGCUUGGACGAGAGAUGGAAAUCCUGUAGAGGAAACUAGUAAAACAUAUAAUUUGGGACCAGAAUUGAGUGACCCAAAAGGAAUUUUUCAAUGCAAUACUUCCAACCAUCUACAGGUGUAUUUCCGAAUGUGCGGAAACUGCAUCGAACUGGAUGCAGCCACCAUCUCGGGGAUCAUAGUAGCCGAUGUCAUCGCCACCGCCUUCCUGGCAAUUGCCGUGUACUACAUCGCUGGCCAAGACAGUGGCCGUCUCUCACGAGCUUCUGACCGGCAGAACCUGAUUGCCAGCGAGCAGCUGUACCAGCCCCUGGGGGAGCGGGACAAUGAGCAGUACAGCCGGCUCGGUGCCGCCAGGACCCGCAAAUGAGGAGGGCGAGCACCUGUGGGCUAAUCAACUGUCACCCCUGGCUCCUUAUCCUGUCUCUUCUCUGUGUGGGACACGCCAGCAUUGGAGAAUCCUGCUGCCUUCAAGCUGGCCCCCAAAGCCUUCACUCUGCACCUCGGUGGCCAGAAGCCAUGGUGAGGGGUGCCUCAGUAAGGUGCCUAGGAAACAGAGGAUUUGCUGCUCGCGGGCGAUCCUGGGCCCUGUGGUGUGCUCAGAGCUUUCUCCUCCUUGUAAUGCGUUUGCUUUGUCAAUAAAGAGGCUUUUCCCUGACUGCUGAGAGGAGCAGAA